AUUUGAAUUUGUGGUUUAGGAUGUGUAUGUGUGUAGGUAUAUAAUCAUUUGUAUAUUAUAAUUGAAUUUAUUUUAUUUUAUUUAUACUGGUGAGAGAUCUCGAAUUAAUUAAUACAAUUGAUUAAAAAAAAGCAGAACACACUAAUUGGAUAUGCUCAGUGAGCAAAUAAAUUUACCGCUUAAGUAAAUGCACAUGCACAGUGGCUGGAGAAAGGACUUCAAAGUCUAAAACAACAAAAAGAAUUGUACAAAUGCAUAUCCGCAUGCAGCAGCCUCCACCACUAUGCGAAUAUAUAUAUAUGUAUGGGGUAGUAGCUGCACAAUUGCCCGUCACAAGGCACGAGCGCAUGUUGCCAGGAAAAGAAUACUAUGUAUGCUCGCUACAAAUACGAAAAAGAAAAAGUCAAUGCCCAACAAUGAGAAACUAACUAUCGCGCAUGUGCAGCAAAAUGUUAUGCGCAGAUUUGUGAUUACUGACGGACCGGCUACUUGUACAAAGGUGUCGGAUGCGUUGGGAAAACUUUGUAUGUAGCGUGUUAAGUGUGAUGAGACACUGAUCUCCUGCAGCUGAGUUUAGUCCAUAAAGAAAAUGAGUCAGAAAAGUAGUGCGCGCUUAAAGCUGAAGCGUCGUUCCGGUGAGCAAUGGGUGUCCACUAAUCGCGUACUCAACAGCAUUUCGGGCUCAAAGAAAGCCUGCAGUAUCGGACGUAAUCCUAACUUUGAUACGGACGAAACAAAACUGCUCAUCCAACUGUGGGGCGAUCCGAAAGUGCAGCGCACACUUAUUAUAGCGCACAAAAAGCAUGCGGUGCUCUGUGAUCUCGCCUCAAAGAUGCAGCAGUACGGUUACUAUCGCUCGCCGGAAGAGAUUAGUACACGUGUGAAGAAUCUCAAAUGUUUCUACAAUCGUUUGAAGAAAGAAAUCGAAUCGGGUUUGGCGUCGGCUGCUGAGCCCACUUGGAAACAUUACGCCGAAAUGGAUGCGAUUAUGAAGCGACCGAUCUUUAGUGUGCGACCGAAUGAGGUGCCACCACCUUCGCUUAAAUAUCAAUUGGAGAAGGCGCGUGAAGAGCGUGAGGAGCGGAGACAGAAAAUUUUAGAAGAAGGCGGUACAGUGUCCGAAAGUGAUGACGGUCUGGAUGAGUUGGUUGCGUUGAGUAACGGUAAUGCUUCGAAGAACGACAUUGAUGAUGGCAUCAUACCAGAUGUUGAGGUGGAUAUUAACGAUGAAGCUUUUGCAGCCAUUGCGAGUGCAGCGGAGAAAACCGCCAAACCGCUUUCGGCAACCAAACGCCGCAAGAUAUCGAAGGCCAGCGAUGGCAGUUUGGAGUUUGGCAGUGAGUAUGGGGAGGAGCACAUCGCCGAUACCAGAAGCAUCGACAGCAAUGAUCUGGGAGAUAUGCAAAUUAAGGAAGAAAAUGACAGCAUGGAUAGCGAAGAAUUCCCGCUGGUCAAAGCAGUAAAGCGUAAAUCGACGGAUGGUGAUAAGUCGAAACUAAAUCAGCUACAAAAACAGUGUGCAGAGGCGACCACCACAACGACUAGCACGCUGGUCAAAGAGGAGCCUAUCGAUGUGGAUGCUGACGAAGAGAACGGCGUUAUCACAGUUUCAACGCAAAAUACGAUUAUGCCCACACUCAUCGAACGUUUGGCCGACACCUCCUCGAGCAUAAUUAUACCAGUCUCAAGCCCACUGACGAUUGUUUCAAACGCCGGCAAUGCGUCCAAAGUAACAACCACAACCACGUCCAGCGCACAAUCGGCACCGCAGGGUAAGAUCUCUUUGGUACCAACCAACUUCCUCAUGCAACCCAAACCAACAACACCAACCGCCACGACACCCACAGCGCCAGCGCCAUUGAUGCCACUACAUCAGUCGCAAAUCCAACUGCUGCCGAAUGCAUUGAAUGCCAGCGGCGCAUUGCAGUCAGGACGCAUUUUGCUCAGCGGCACCGCGGGUGUAGGCGGCGCACAGGGUACGCCCACCAGUGCUGGCUUUGUGGCCACGGGUCCGGGUGGCAUGAAGUUGCUGCUCGUGAAUGCUGAUCAAGCUGCGGCAGGUGGCGCAAAUGCGGCUUUGAGUAAAACUUUGUUGCCGCAAAUAAAUGCGGCGUUACUCCAACAACAACAACAACAAAAGCAACAGCAGGCGCAACAACAACAGCAAUUGCAACAACAGCAGCAGCAGCAACAACAACAGCAGGAGCAACAAGCACAGGCACAACAGCUUCAAAAGGAAAAACAACAAAAACAGCAACAACUACUCAAGAAAGUCGAGGAAGCCAAAGCCAAGGCAGCCAAUAAGCGCCAGCAAAAGCAGUUGAACGACAAACAGCGACGCGAGGAAUUGCUAUCACGCAAGGAAGCCGCCAGCAUGCGUAUACUGCUGCGUCACAUACACAACGCACAAAUGGAGAACAAUGAAAUACAACAACAGCGGCUGGCGCUUGAACGCGAGCGCUUCGACUUCGAGCGUUCCGCAGUCGAACGCUUCUUUGGCGAACUACCCAAACUAUUCACACAACAGCAGCAGCAACAACAACAGCAAACACAGGUGUUACAACAGCAACAACAACAAGUGGCGGCCGCAAUGCAGGCGCACACACAACAAAUGCGCUUAAAUCCACCAAAACUGGUCUUCACGACCGCGGUGCCAGGCGGCGCGAGUUUAGCGGGUGUGACUGGCAGUGCUACCAUAUUGACACCAACCAAAUUAACGGCAAAUGCUAUGCCCAAGCUGGCGCCGGCACCAACUGCGGUCAUUACACAAACUCCGUUGACCGUGUCGUUGCCAGCUACUCCGGAGGCAAAUACGAAUGCGCAAAGCGUUGAUGUGCAGCUGGUCACACCGAAAACGGAGCGAGAGGACUGAGUUACGUUUACAGCGCGUUUGGAAAAUACUCAAUUGCUAUAAAAAAAUAAAGUGAAAACUUUUGAAAAUUAUGGGCAAGCACAAACUUAAAAAAAAAACUACCGUUACAUAGCAAAUAUACGCAUAUGGAUGCUUGAAAGCGCUUCAAAUAAAAUUUGAACACCCUGGCGUCUCUAGUAUUAAUAAUAUUGGUAUUAUUUAUAAAUAAAUGCAUAGAAAUUAUUUGCAAAAAUUAUAUGUAUAUUUGCACAUUAUAAAUUUGUUUAACAAUUGCAAUUUCAAUACUCUUAUAAUUACUUAUUAGUUAAAAAAAUAUUAAUUUAUAUAUUUUUGCAAUAAAUUAACAAUAUAAUUACGUCCAAAUAAAAAUGGUAAUGGUAUUAGUAAUUUAUAAAUUUGUAAAAAAUAUGCGAAAUUAGCAAUAAUUAUUAGGUAAACUUUCGU